CAUAUUUCCACGGUGCAUAUCCCGGCAGCACCUUCUGCUCUCCAGUCCCAUGUCACCUUCGGCUACUUUUCUCCUCCUCCCCAAUCCCACCUCUCCAGCUCUUUUUUCUCCUGCUCCGAGCAAGAUUUACAGAACCCAACAAAAUUUUCCUCAAAUCCCAUCAUUUUUCAAGAGAGCCUGCACUUUAUCGACCAAUUCUCUACAGUUUUCCAAUGGGAAUGUCGCCGGAGUGGAAGAAGAUGAUGAACUUGUUAUAGGCGAUUGUGUAGUCUUCGAAGAGGGUAUAUUUGAUGACCCUUUUCUCCAAGAUGAAAAUUUUAACUCCAAAGAAAACCCAAGAGGGAAAGGAAAAAAUUCGAAAGAAAUCGAGCCUGAGAACUUAGUUCCUGAAAAAUGGGCGGAAAUGCAGAGGGAAAUUAAUAUUAGUAAGAAAGAAAGGCGAAAGAUUGCACAGGAGGUGGAAUUUGGGCGAAAAGUGGAGAAGAAGAGGGCGGGUUUGAGGCCUAUAGAAGGUGGGAAUGUGGGAAAUGUGAAUGUGGAGAAGUUUAUGAAGUAUAGGGAUCAAAAAUUGAAACAAUUGAAUCCCAUUGUGCUUGAUAAACCAGGGUUUUUGCGCAAUGAAAGAGUGGAGAAGGGUGAUGAUGAGGUGAGGGGAAGUGGACAGGGGAACUCUGUUGUGAGGGAAUCGAGUAGUAGGGUGGCACCGAGGAAUCCGAGGAUGGCAGUUUAUGGUGUUGGAUUGGAGGAUAUUUCAGAGUUUUUCAGAAGUGGGAAUUAUGAUCCUGAUGCUGCUAAAAGAACUGAAGGUCCUCGUAAGUUAUUCACCAAGGAUGAAAAGGUUCUUUUAAAUAGGCGGGUUCCUGAUCUAGCAGUUGCUUCCUCGGUAAAGUGGCAACCAUUGCAUACUCUUGCUGCCUCUGGAGAAUUUCACCUUGUCAAUACUUUGUUAAAACACAAUGUUGAUAUCAAUGCCAUGGACAAGGACGGAUUGAUUGCGAUUCACAAAGCAAUUCUUGGCAAAAAGCAGGCUAUUUUCAACUAUCUAUUGAGAGAAUCUACAAAUCCAUUUGUUCGUGAUAGAGAGGGUGCCACCUUGAUGCAUUAUGCUGUUCGAACAGCUUCAAGUCAAAUGAUAAAGAUCCUUCUUUUGUAUAACGUUGACAUCAACCUCCAAGACAAUGAUGGCUGGGCACCAUUGCAUUUAGCUGUUCAAUCUCGCAGAACAGAUGUAGUAAGGCUUUUAUUGAUCAAGGGAGCUGACAAGACGUUAAGGAACAAGGACGGUUUAACUCCUCUUGACCUUUGCCUGUAUUCUGGUAGAGACACAAGGACGUAUGAGCUAAUCAAGCUACUGAAACAACUUCCAAGAAGCCCUUCUGGAUAAUAGAACUAGAAACGAGCUCGCAAUGUUUCAACUUGCCUGCAAUUUUCAGAAUCAAGGUUAAGGCUCGAUUUAGAUUGCAUUUUUUGGGAGAGUUCUUGGAAAGUUUUGACAGUAGCACUUUGUUGUAAAAAGUAUGCACGCUAAAAAGAAGAUUCAAGAGUAUUUUGCAAAAAUUUUUCGACGACUAGUUCUUGCAGAUAGGAUUUCUUUUGUACAUGUGCCCUAAAGCUGCUUCAAUUAGGUAAAAGCAUGUAUUGCAUUUGCUAUUUUGCUCUGUAAUCAUCAUGUUGUAGAUCUAUAAAAUCAACACAUUUGCCUUAGAAAUCCCUCUGUUCAUUCA